AUGACGGCCAGUGAUGCUGAUAUGUCCCCAUUUCCAUUCGUUCACUCGUCCCUCCGCCCUGUCCCUCAGUAUCUUCUGCAAGCUAUAGAGUCAAGCCGACAUCGGGUAGAUUUAUCGGAUGCAGAUCUCACCAAGCUCCUUACAGACGUCCAAAAGUCUCGCGAUGACCGGACUCUCCUCCACGACUCUCUGGAGCGCCUCCUACACGAUUUGCGCGCCCAGUCCCACUCACAGGCCUUUCUUACCAGGGUCAAUAAGAGAGACGCGCCCGAUUACUACGAUGUCAUCAAGAAUCCCAUGGACCUGGGUCUGAUGCUCAAGAAUGUCAAGAGCGGCAAGUACCGGAGCAAAGAGGCAUUCCGCAAGGACUUGGAUCUCAUCUGGGACAAUUGUCUUCUGUACAACAAUGAGCCCACACACCCUCUGCGGAUCUCCGCCAACUUGAUGCGGAAGCGGUCGCAUGAUCUCCUUUCCUACAUUCAAGAUUCCCACGAUGUCAAGUCAGCCCUGAACGAGUGGGUUGCAACUCACACCAGCCUCACCCCAGCCGAGGCUAAAGCUCUUCAGCGCGGAGACAUCACAGCCGUGCCAGGGAUCACUCAGAACACCACUUCCACUUUCCUCGGCCCAGUAGCGGCUGCUGCAGCUUCCACUCCAUCAGCACAGCUUCAAGGGCCCUCAGUCCCCUCUCCAGUUGCCAGAGAGACAUCUGCAGCUGGCCCCUCGACUCUCGUCGAUGAAAAGCCCUUCGAAGAGCAGCGGGCCUUCACCGUUGGCUCUGGAGCUUCCCUUGCAGAGACUGCAGUGGCAGACAGGAGGAAAGACGAGAGGAAUCUGUGGGUACUGCAGAAUCUCCUGGGCCAUGACUGGUCGCCCGCGUAUCCAAGUGAGACCAGUCUUGGAAAACGGCGGAUGGUGGUGCAGCCAGUCUUUGAAGCGGAGACUGAUGAUGCUGAGGUGGAAGACAUUGUUCGCAGCCUUGCAGGAGGCAACGCGGUGGAGGCGUCGAGCUCGUUCAAUGCCGUAAGCGGGGCCUCUUCGGCAGUCUACGCUAGCCCUUCCACCAGAGCCAGAUUUGCUAUGUCGCGACUACAGCAAUCGGUGUUCGUUGAAGAACAGAGAGACGGCAGACGGCGGUCGAACGGUUUGCGACAAAAACAACGCAAAUCCCGUACAGAAGCGACUCAAACGAAUGGCGAUGCUUCAGCCCUGCAGCAAGGAUCUCCUUCAGUAGCUCAUGGCGACUCCAAGGCGCCGCAAAGGCGGCGCGGUGUGGACUGCAUGAAGCGCAACAUCAAGACGCACGGAAGGAUGCACAGAUUGAAGCGGAAGUUCGACUUCCUCGACUACUGCAUAGACAACGACCAGCCGCUGCCGAGCUCGCUGCUGAUCGAUUCUGAUGAGGAAGUGGACGAUCUCACCAGUACACAGAGACUCGAGGAAGAGGACGUCAAGCCCCACUGGUCCUCGUCCCAGUACCCUGCAUCCUUGACACGGCGAGGUCCCUCCUUGCAUGUCAACGGUAUGGAAGCAUCUUCCCUACCCAACAGUCAUCCUUCUGCCUCCGGCAGGCUAGAUGCCCACCCUUUUCCCCACAUAUCCCUUCCUGAGGCUCGCUCUGCCCUGCGAGAUCGAGUAUCUCUGCUUUGUGGCAAUGCGGGCUUCGCCUCCUCCCACUCCCGCCCACUGGACAUUCUCAGCAGCGUUCUGGAAGAGUUUCUUUGCAGUCUGGGCCGGUCUCUCCGACUCUACCUGGAUCGGUAUGCAUCUACGACGAUGUCAGCAGAGGAAAUUCUCCUGCAUACUCUCCACACCACAUCUUCUGUCGGGCCAAAUGAGCUUGAAAAGUACCUCUUUGACGACACGGUGCGGUACUCGAACCGUCUGGAAGAUCUGAAGCGGAAGAUGGAGUAUUCGUGGAAGGAACGCAUUGCUAUAGGCGAGGAGAAGCUGGUCAGCGAGGAAGACGCGCGCUUCUUUGGCGCCGAGGGUUCCGAGGACCUCAUGGUGGGCAAUAUCCCCUCUGCGCUGGAUGACGACUUCUUUGGCUUCAAGGCUCUCGGACUGGAUCAGGAGCUCGGUAUGGCGAAUCUCACCAUCCCUGCGCGUCUGUUCCGUGGCCGGGGAGGAGCUGCUGGGCGACGUCCUGGCGAGGCAGGUGGCGCAGGCAAGGAGAAGGAAGGGGAGAAGGAAGCCUUUCCCAGCCCACCACCAUUCAUCCGAAUUUCCGAGUGUGCCCUACCUGCGCAAAUUGGCCUCCUGCGCGGCUUUUACCGGGAUCUAUUGCACCGCAGAGGUCACCGUGGCAGGGAGAAGCGACAGCGGCAGCGUGAGGGCACUGGCGAUGCUGAUGACGAGGCAGAUGGCGAGGAAGAGGAAGACGACGACGAGGGCGUGCUUGCCGUCAGUGAUGACGAAGGAGAGCGAGCGGCAGGCAGCGGCGGCGGUGGCAGUGGAACAAGGGGAGGAGGGGGCGCUGCAUCAUCCGCUGCGGGUCUCAAGAUCGGUCAAGCAGGCAUCAUGCCCAAGAGGGACUUCUGGGUCGAUCCGAGCGUCCUGGCCAGGAACAGCGCAGCCGGAAACGCUUCGGCGGGCGGUGCAGGAACGCAGGUUGGAUCUUCGGGUACUCUGUUUGCCGGCGCAGGGACAUCAACAUACAAUGGCAAGGGUGGUGGUGGCGGUGGUGGUGGAGCGACGGGCAAAGCGAAAGGUGGGCCCGGGAAGAAGGGGAGGACAAAGAAGGAUGGCUGA